AUGGCCACGAGAUUCACGAGGAUAUGGGGACAACUUCCUCGAUCCCGUUAUGCUUUCGGUGGCGCGUCUGCCAGCGCAAUAUACUUGUUCCAAAGCUCCAGAAAGUCGGACGACAAUGGUCGUGUUGAACAAACGAGUGUUGGCACUCAUCCUGGCAUUGCAAGAGUCGACAGCGCCAGCGUGCCUUCGAACUUUCCCUGCGAAGACCGGAUGUCCUCACUUACCAUCCCAUCCUCUGCCUGGUCGUUCUGGGCAAUUUACGACGGACACUCGGGCCACCAAACUUCCGCCCUUCUCGAGCAACGACUUAUUCCUACCCUUGUCGAGAAACUACAAGACUUGUACCGUCAAACGACAAAGGCGCCUGAGAAGGAACCUAUUCACCAAGUGUUCAAGAACGCGUGUCUCGAAUUGGAUGACGAAAUCGUCAACAAAACCGUCGAAACCAUCGCUUCCCUGCCAGAAACCGCGCCACGUAUGACGCUGGCAGCCACACUUCUACAAGCCGCUCGAUCAGGCUCAUGCGCUCUCGUUGCCUUCUACGAGGCCAACCUCCGUCGGCUCCAUGUUGCCCUUGUGGGUGACUCACGCGCUAUCUUGGGCCGUCCUCGUCAAUUAUCAGACGGCAAGACUAUUUAUGACCUCCACAUCCUCUCUGUCGACCACAACGCCAAAAAUCCUGCAGAAAUCGCCCGCUUGGAGGCCGCACACCCCAACGAGCCGGAACUUCUCAACCGUGAGACAGGCAGACUGCUCGGCUGGGGCUGCAGCCGCGCAUUUGGCGAUGGGGUGAUGAAAUGGACUCGAGACAUUCAGACAUGGAUGGAGAAAGACCUGCUCGGCAGCAAACCGCGUGCUACCCUUCUGACACCGCCAUAUUUCACCGCUGAGCCGGAGGUGACGACGAUCGACAUUCAACCGGGCGACUUCAUGAUCAUGGCCUCCGACGGACUGUGGGACAACCUGACGAGCGAAGACGCGGUGGGGCUUGUCGGCGCAUGGAUCGACCGCUGGGGAAUCGAGGCUUUGCGGAGUUUCGAUAUGGGCAGCGUGGCAGGGCACAGACUCGAGCGCAGCGAACUGCCAGUGAAGAUUACCGACAAGCAAGACAAGUAUCCAUGGUGGAAUGCCCAGAAACGGUUCAUCAACGCGGACUCGUUCAAUGCCGCGAGCCAUUUGGUCAGAAAUGCUCUGGGUGGUGCGAAUACCGACCUCCACGACGCUUUGCUAGCUACUCCGGCCCCGCGAUCUCGCUAUCAACGGCGAGUUCUCUUUUUGCUUGGUCGUAGAUGUCUGACUCUUUUCCAGAGAUGA